AUGUAUUCAAUAGCAAAUAAACCGGAACAAUGUAUUGAAUGUGAAAAAAAUAAUAACAAUGAUGGUUGGUUUAUUUGUCAAGAAUGCCAUCGAAUAUUUUGUAGUCGACACAGUAUUAUUCAUCGUCAUCAAUCAAAACAAGAACAGCCAUCAACUGAAAGAUAUAAUCGUCAUGUUCAUUUAGAUCAAAUAGCUGAAUGGGAACGAAAGGCUAUUGAUAGAAUUCGAAAACAAGCAGAUGAAGCUCGUCGUCCUUUAAUUGCACCACCAACACCAAUAACUCAAACAUCACCAUCAACAAUACUCAUCAAUGAACUACGCAAUGCAUCACUUACACAAUUAUCAACUACAUCAUCUAAUAUUGAAAAACAAUCACCUAUUAUUGAUCAAUAUGAAUUAUUAUCAGAUGAAACAUUAGAUGAAAUAAUUGGUGAUGGUCCUCUAACAUCACCUCCUGAUGAAAUAAAUGCCAUGGGACGUGUUUCAUUUGCCAGUCAAUAUCCAUAUAUGACUGGUGUACAUCGUCUUCGACUUUCAAUUGAUACAUUUGAUUAUUCAUCAUCAUGGGCAUUUGUUGGUAUUAUUUCUGAAGGAGUUAGAUUAGAAAAUACAGAAUAUCAAAAUUAUUUAAAUCGAUCAUCAUUUGGUUGGCAUAUUGGUCGUCAAUCUAUUAUAUAUGAUAGACAAACUUCGACGACACAUAACUAUGAUGGUCGAGAUAUUCGACAAGGUGAUAUUUUAAAAAUUAUUAUCGAUUGUAAUCAAAAAACAAUUGAAAUAAAAAAUGAAAGAACAUUAAAUACACAUCUGAUUUAUAUUAAUAGCAAUCAUUGUCCAUUACCUUGGUUAUUUGCAGUUAAUUUUAACUAUAAAAAUAAGGAUUCGAUGCAUUUGUUACAGUGA